AUGGGCCUCCCCACCGUCCCUGGCCUGCUGCCGCCAUUGGUGCUCCUUGCUCUGUUGGUGGGAAUAUAUCCCUCAGGGGUUGUUGGAUUGGUUCCCCACCUUGGGGACCGAGAGAAGAGAGAUAAUCUGUGUCCCCAGGGGAAAUACAACCACCCUCGAAAUAGUUCCAUUUGCUGUACCAAGUGCCACAAAGGGACCUACCGGUACAAUGACUGCCCAAGUCCAGGGGUGGACACAGACUGCAGGGAGUGUGAAAAUGGCACCUUCACUGCUUCAGAGAACCACGUCGCACAGUGCUUCAGCUGCUCCACAUGCCGGAAGGAAUUGGACCAGGUAGAGCUUUCUCCUUGCACAGUGUACCAGGACACUGUGUGCGGCUGCAGGAAGAACCAGUAUCGGCAUUAUUGGAGUACUUCCCUUUUCCAGUGCUUGAACUGCAGCCUCUGCCUCAACGGCAUGGUGAAACUCCCCUGCCAGGAGAAGCAGGACACCAUGUGCACCUGCCACGCAGGAUUCUUUCCAAGGGGAAGUGAAUGUGUCACCUGUACCAACUGUAAGAAUGACCAGGAGUGUAAGAAACUGUGCCUGCCCCCAACUGAAUCUGUUAUGAGGCCUCAGGAUACAGGCACCACAGUGCUGUUGCCCCUGGUGAUCCUCUUUGGCCUUUGCCUUUUAUCCCUCUUCAUUGGUAUAAUGUGUCGUUACCAACGGUGGACGCCCAAGCUCUACUCCAUUAUUUGUGGCAAACGGACACCUGUAAAAGAGGGGGAGUUUGAAGGAGUAAUUACGAAGCCUCUAACCCCAGGCUUCAGCCCUUCUUCCACUUCGACCUUCAUACCCACCCAGAGCUUAAGUCCCACCCAGGUCUUCAGUCCCACCCUCAGCUCCAACUUCUCCCCCAGUGCCUGGACCAACUACAUGAAAACAUCACCUCCCAGAGAGAUGGCCCCACCCUACCAGGAGGCUGGCCCCAUCCUCACUGGGGCCCCUGCUUCUACCCCGAUCUCCACCCCCCCUCAGAACAGGGAGGACAGCUCGCUUGCGCUGUUCCCAGAUGCCGACCCGGCGACUCUGUAUGCUGUGGUGGACGGUGUGCCCCCGUCACGGUGGAAGGAGUUCGUGCGGCGCCUGGGGCUGAGUGAGCAUGAGAUCGAGCGGCUGGAGCUGCAGAACGGGCGGUGCCUGCGUGAAGCACACUACAGUAUGCUGGCGGCCUGGCGACAGCGGACACCACGACGAGAAGCUACCCUGGAGCUGCUGGGCCGUGUGCUUUGUGACAUGGACCUGCUUGGCUGUCUGGAGGACAUUGAGGAGGUGCUGCGUGGCUUUGCCCCCCUCACACCUGCGCCUCUCCUCCCCCGAUGA